GGAUCUUAAAAACUAAUAGGCAGUCUAGUUUUAGUUAUGAUAAUUUCGUUUAAUUUAAAUCGUCAAAAAGGCUUUUAUAGAAAAAUACCUUAACAACUAAAUGUGUUUCUAUUAUGAAUGAACUGACAUCGGAACUAAACAACAGGCUCUUUGUUCUACAUCGGAAUCACGUUCGUGUCGGACCCGAGAAACCCAAACAAACGCAGAGAGGGAAAAAGUUAAAAUAAUCUGUACUCACCUGUGAAUGGAGAUGCAGUGCACGCUAGUAAAUGACGUUUCCGGAGAUCGGGUGGAGUUGGGUGAUGGUCGAGCGCUUAUAUUCGGUCGAGGUCCUGAGUUUAAAAUUACAGACAAAAAGUGCUCAAGGCAUCAGGUCAAACUUGUGGCCAACUAUGCAAAACAAGAAGUCCUAGUUACACAGCCUGUUUUUCCACAGCUAGGGCCCAACCCAUCUUCCAUAGAUGGUCAGUGUUUGGGAAGGGGCCAGUCUGCAUGUCUGACGUCAGGUUGCAAACUCUUCCUGGUUAACCAGUCACACCCAUUCACUGUAGAGUUUUCUGGCAUUUCAGACGACAACUCUCAGUCCCCUAAGGGCAAAGGGAGAGCAGUAGAUGUGAACAUAGAUACUGGUGAAACGAUGGAGACCCGGAGGUCAGGUCCCAGGAAAAACAUCCAGGAUUACUUUACUCAAUCCCAAAAAAAGGUAAGAAAACGUGCACACAGCCCAGAAGAUGAUCCACCUCACAGAAAACGAGGGCGUGGUGAUGAUGAUGAUGAGGAGACUUCAGCCGAGGAGAAGCUUAAGCAGUUACAAGCAUUAGCCCAGAAAGAAAGCAAGGUCACACCAAACUCACCAUCAACAACACCCAAUGCUCAAUCUUCAACUUGCUCUCAGAGUCACUGGCAACAGAUCGGAAGUCUCAUGCUCUUUACUGCUGCAGGAGUUUCAGAUAGCUCCAAAAUCGCAGGCUUUGACAUUGAUGGCUGUAUUAUCACCACAAAGUCUGGGAAAGUAUUUCCAACGAGUCCAGAUGACUGGAGGAUUCUCUUUCCAGAAAUACAACCAAGACUUGCCAGCCUGUUAAAGAAAGGAUUUAAGGUGGUGUUUUUUACCAAUCAGAUGGGCAUUGCUCGAGGCAAACUCAAACCAGAAGUGUUUAAAUCAAAAGUCGAGGAUAUCCUUCAAACACUGCAGCUGCCUGUCCAGGUUUUUGUUGCCACAGCUCCGGGUAUUUACAGAAAGCCUGUGGUUGGGAUGUGGGAACAUUUGUGUGAGAAGGCGAAUGGUGGGAUUACUAUAGACGUGUCACAAAGCUUGUAUGUUGGUGAUGCAGCAGGUCGUCCUGCAAACUGGGCCCCGGGAAAAAAGAAGAAAGACUUUUCCUGCAGUGACAGACUGUUUGCCCUCAAUAUUGGUCUUCAGUUUCACACCCCAGAGGAAUUUUUCUUGGGCUGGAAACCUGCUCCAUUCAACAUGCCAACAUUUGACCCUAGAAAAUUAGACUCUAAUAUGCGUCUUUACGAUCCACCUGAAGCCUCCCUCACAUCUACCAAACAGGAAGUCAUUGUUGCAGUGGGAUUCCCUGGAUCGGGCAAGUCGACAUUUUUCCAAACACACGUCAUUCCAAAGGGCUAUGUUUAUGUGAACAGGGACACACUCGGUUCCUGGCAGCAGUGCGUGUCAGCUUGCGAGCGUGCUCUUAAAGAAGGCAAAAGUGUAGCUGUAGACAACACUAAUCCUGAUCUUGAGUCUAGAAAAAGAUAUAUCGAUGUCAGUCGAAAGGCUGGAGUUCCCUGCCGAUGCUUCAAUUUCACAGCUACUCUGGAACAAGCAAAGCAUAACAAUAGGUUUCGUGAGAUGGCUCCUUCCACCACCAAGCAUGUUCAUGUGAACGACAUGGUUAUCCACAGCUACAAGAACAAGUUUGUGCCACCAAGUUUGUCUGAGGGCUUCUCUGAAAUCCUGCAGAUUAAUUUUGUGCCAAGUUUCAGUGACAAGAGAUCUGAAUUUCUCUUCAUGCUGUUCUCUGAAGGCUAAAGAAUGAACACUAUCAUCAACGUAAACAGAAGCUUAAAGGUUAAUGACCUGUUGUUUAUGCUGCUCAUAUCCACUAAGUGCAUAACAGAACUUCACUAUAAAAUCAGGAAUUAUUAAUAAUACAACUCGCAUAUUUAAGGUUGUGUUAGACUGCUUGAUCCACAUAGUUUCAGUAAUAUUUUUAAUGUAUCGGUUUUCAGAAGGCUGCUGAAAAUGUCUCUGCUAUUGAUUUUUACUGGAAUAAAGAAACAUAAAAACAAAAACUGCCCUUUAAUGUUUAUCGGAUAGGAAAAUGACUUAUGUCACACAAUGACUAGUGUUAAAAACAGCAUUAAUAUACAAAAAGGUUUAGACUGUAUGGUCAGACUCAGCUUGCUAGCAAGAUGCUGUUUUAUUUUUUGUAUGGUGACUGACGCUGCUUAGAAAACACUUUUGGUAUAACUGUCACAGGGCAAAUGUGAACAACACAGUGUGGUUAAUCAUAAGACACACCUUACACCUCUUGCAACAUUUCUUGAAAUAUAUUGACUACUAUCACAGAACGAUAUCAUAUAGCACCAGGUGAAGUGUGGUGUAACAGUGCAAUCUCUUUCAGACAAGGAAACGAAACAUUGCACUCAUAAAAGCAGGCAAACCCAUUGUGGUGCUGCUGUAUAUUUAUUAUAUUUAUAUACAGACAAAUAUAUUUAGUGUCAUUUAAUUUAUUAAUGUAAAUACAGAUCAUGUCUAAACUUAAAAAUAUAAACAUUUGUCAAAUAUAGAUUUCAAAAGAGCCUCAGAUUACACAAUAAGUAGCAUUUUGGUGAAUUGGCAUAUUGUUUUAUAAUGUAUUUCGCUCAUUAGAUCUGGGAAAAAAACUUUCAUGGGCUUCAUAAAUUUGUGACCCUCAUUAUACAACAUAAACUUACAUUUGAUAUAGAAUAGUUAAAUAUAAUAAAAUGUAAUAGAUGACGACAACUUCCUUAUGUUGUGUCAUUUUAUGUUGUAUUGCCAUAAUACUUGAAAGUAAACAAUAACAAUAAAUAACUCAUGAAGCCAUUUUGUGCUGGCAUGAUAAGGGGGAC